CAAAAUACUUGACCGCGCCUACGUCACACAGUCAAAAGUAGUUCACCGAAAAACCCCAUGACGCGACAACGCGUUAGGAUAGUUCAUUUCAUCCAGCCUUACUCGAGUAUUUUAUGACUCAAAUUAUGCCGGCAAACGACAAAGAUAACGUCGAGGUCAAGCGCUCGCAGAUCGCCGGCGCCGGGCGUGGCCUGUUUGCCAGCAAAGACUUCGCACCCGGCGAUGUGGUCCUCUCCGUUGCACGGCCGCUGGUGGCCGAGUUAAAUAUUGACCGCACCGAAGACAGCUGCGCUUGGUGUUUCCAGCGCGGUGCCAUUGACCCCGACGAGCGGAAGCAAGCAGCUGCGAUGGGCUUACCAAUUGGUUUCAUUGAAGUGAAAUCGUGCACCGGCUGUCGCAAGGUUUCCUAUUGCUCCAAAACGUGCCAGAGCAAAGCCUGGAAGCGCGAGCACAAGUAUGAGUGCAAGAUUCUGGCUGUCCCCGGACGACCCGAUCUACCGCCUGGUGUACGGGCAGUGGUCAAGCUGCUGGGGCGUUUGAAGGCGGACCCGAGUGAUGAGCAAUUGCUGGAUAUCUUGCAAUUCAGACCGUUCGCGGGAGGUCUCGAGGCUCUCCGUCAGCAGGACCAGAAGACGUUUGAUGACUUUGAGUUCCUUGCCUCUGCGUCGUGGAACUACGCCGGCCAACCUAAGUUCGAUAACUUGGACUCGCGGACAGUUUCUCGAGCCUUUCUCUUCAAUGUCCUCUGCAACAACCUGGGCCUCGGCUCGCCCCUUGAUGAUGCUGCCUUCGGCAUCGGCUUUGAUCCUCUGGUCUGCAGUGCAAACCACUCCUGCGAACCCAACGUCGUGGCGACCUUCAACCAGCCCUCGCAUGUAUUACGAGCCAUCAAGCCGAUCAAGCAAGGUGAUGAGAUUCUUAUGAAGUACGCUGAUGUGACAAAUCCAUUCACCGUUCGGCAAGCCGAGCUCAAGCAGAGCUACUACUUCACAUGUCAAUGCCCCAAGUGCAAGAAAGGCGCAGUGUUCGCGGAAGACUCCUUCGCGAAGUCGCCGGACGAUUUAUCGGCAGAGUACUGCAAGCAGGCCGAUGCGCUUAUCAAGCGCCACGAGUCGAGACUGGAACGGUUCAUGGUGUCUACAGGUAACUCCGCAGCCCAGCGAAGAGCGGCCGCAAUCCAGGCUGAGGCGUUCUCCGUAUCCGAAAACAGCGAGGCCAGUCCGGACGAAAUCAAGAACGCGCUCAGAUUGUGCGUGAACUCGGGCAUGUGGACCUGGACCCGACAGCCGGUGCCCCAGCUCUGCCGCCAACUCUUCGGCGCGUACCUCACGACGGGCGACCCGUACUGCGCGUUCAGGGUAGGUCUAAAGAUGCACUUUGAGAUCAUGCCGCAGCUCGCGCCGCUCAAGUUCGACCCGGAUCGCUUGAUCAACGACUGGACCAUGUCGACGGUGAUCAACGUGCUCUGCGGGCCCAUGAACGAGGAACUGUACCAGGAGAUGGCGCAGAGCGGUAUCGAACUGCGCGUUGUGUAUCUGGGGUUGUUGCUUGGGGUACAUGAGAACAUGCCUAAGAUGUAUGGUUGGGAUACGCCAUUUGGGAGGGUGGUGGGGAACACGUACGAGCAGAUUAUGGCGGGGGUUGCGCUGCCGGAGGAGAGGAUCAGGGAGAAGGUUGAGGGGGUUUGGCCGGCGCUGGAGACCUUGGCGCAUAGUAUUAAUGUGGAUAACUUGUAACACAAGUCAUACUCAUAGAAUGCAUGCGAGUAACGAGGCAUAACUGGUGUAAGGCAGGCUCAGCUUCGGUCACAUUUGGUGUAGCGAUCCCUAUCCCACCAUUCGCGACUUUAUUGGCAACACUUUUUGUGUAUAACUUGCAGCGGGUGUAGUGUACGGAAAGUACACCGAACUCAACUACCUCCACGCGAGCAUGGGUUGUGUCGGAUGCUAUGUACACCGACACAGUACGGAGUAUUAGAUAAGAUACGGAAGCCUAUGCGGCUAAGGCGUGAACAUACUUUCGCAAAUACGAU